GCGAGGCAGAGGCAGGGGAAGGUGGUCAGGGUGCAGUCGAUAUUGGAUGGAGACACCGGCAGGUAUGCAAACACCUCCGGGUAACACACCAGUACAGGCAGACAUCCAGACACCUGCUCAGCCUAUGCAGAUGCCAGCAAUGCCAGUUGCCGCGCGACCGAAUAUGCAGAUGCCAUCUGGGCCUCCGGGGUACUUUCCAUAUGGAUGGCGGCAGCCGACACCACCACCUCCUCCAGCGUGGAAUUAUGGACAGUGGCAACCGAGUGCGAACUCCUUUCCCGGACCAGGGCAGAGAGCCUGGUUUAUGAAAGAGCACUUGGAUCUGGUCGAGAAGUGCAAGACGAGAGACCUCACAGAUGAAUCUAAGAAGUCUUCACAUGGAGAGUCGAGCGCUGUUGCAUCAUCAAGAGGCGACGCCAAGAAGGGUAAAGGGAGAGACAGCGUGGACGACAACAAUACUCGUAUCAAAGCAUGGAUUGCCAACACAUUCAACGGAUCCUUGAAGAAGAUCGUCAAUAAGUUGGAUGACGUGGACAGGAAGACGACCGUGGCUCUAGACGAGAAGGGUGAGAAGAAUGUGAAAGAGGAACCUGCCACGGAAGGAGCCUCAGGGAGUAAUGAGAAGAGGAAGAGGGACUUUGGAUCACCGUUAAUCUUCAGAUCGAGAUCGAAAUCAAGAUCGAAGAGUGCAGGCGGAGAAGUGAAGAUGAGGCCGCUUCGCAUUAAUAUCUUGGACGAUGAAGACUCUCAUCAGGAUAAGAUCAAAGAGAACUCGCACAUUGAUGAGAAGCUUGAGAUGGCGGCUAACACGUCUGAUGGGAAGCAACUAGAGGAGACUAAGGGAAUGCUGCAGGCAUUGAUGACUGGGCUGAACUCAAAUGCGGCUAGCAAGGGUUGCGCUGCAAGUGAGACAACAAUUGAGGAUAUCAAUAGCGGGAAAGGAACAAACGAUCUCGCUGCGAACGACGAAGCGAAGAGGGACAAGGGAAGAUCAGUUGAGAUGCAGAACGAGGAGGAGGAGGAAGUACAGGAGGAUGCUGAUGGGGAGGAGGAGGAGGAGGAGGAGAAGGAGGAGGAGAAAGUACAGGAGGAUGUUGAUGGGGAGGAGGAGGAGGAGGAGGAGAAGGAGGAGGAGGAAGUACAUGAGGAGGAUGACGAGGAGGAGGAGGAGGAGGAGGAGGAGGAUGAUGGGGAGGAGGGCGCGUGAUCCCUACGAGGCUGCGUCGACGUCGACGAUGACGACAGCUGCGCGGUUCGGAGCGGCGAGGAUGGUUGGCCUGCCCAGUUUGAAUU